GCAGGCGGCCAAUCAGGAGGCGGAGGAGAGGCUGAGCCUGGACCAGCUGGCAGGCGGACACACGAGGCUGCGGCUGCAGCUCAGUCCCGUCACCGUGGCGGUGACACCUCUGACAGCGACCGGAUCAGCUUCCAACUUUACCCCCUUCUUUGUUUGCGGAACGAUGGCAGACGUGGAGCUGGUGAAGAAGAUGCUGCGAGCCAUCCUCCGGUCCAACAAAGGAGGGGUGUCUCUGUCCCGACUGCAGUCAGAGUACAAGGAGCUGACCGGGGAGCAGAUUGGACACACCCAGCUGGAGGCUCUGCUGGCCAACAUGUCCAACGUUCACAUGGAGAGAAACCGUUCUGGAGAGGUGGUUUGUUUCUGCUCGGGAGCAAAUGACACAACAAGUUUAGCCAAGGUGGUGGCCCGACAGCGAAGCUCCAAGAAGACGGGCCGACUCCACCUGGUCAACACCCAGAUGAGAGUCAAACCUUCGACCCCACUUGUCCUAAAUGCAAAACCUCAAAUCUCUCUGAGGCAGCCAAACCACCGAUGGCGUGGCGGAGGUAGAGGAGGGGGAGGCGCCGGCCGUGGGUCGGGACAUGGAGACUUCAGACAGACGAGAGACAUAAGGGAUGGCCACUCGGAAGGAAGGAUUUGGGGGCAUUCAAACAAGUUUUCUAACCAGAACACAGCUAACAAGAAAGGAACCGUACCUGCAGAGAAACCAGAGAAGAGGAUGACCCUCCCGUCACGCUUUCAGAAGGAGGUGCAUGCUCACCUUGCAAGAAACCCCCAACAGGCUGGUCCACCAUUGAAUAUAAAUGAGAGUUUUGGUUCAGGAAAAGGAAAACCGUACAACCCUCAGCAGGUUCAGGGCCGCAUCAGAGAGAUCCUGGGAAAGUACAGCAAUGGAUUCUGGCUGUCCAAACUGCCUCAGAUCUACAGAGACCUUUACAAACAGGACUUGCCUUCAGAGGCCCUCAAAGACCUAGACACCUGGACCCACAUAUGUACUGUAGAGAAAACCUGCAGCAGCAGCCCAUCUGAGCUGCUCCUGUACCCUGCUAAAGAACAGACCACCACCUCCACCCCCUCACACAUCCCCAAAUCAAACCCCAGCGCCUCCUCUGCCGAAGCCUCAAACCCAAGCUCAGAUCAACAUUUUCAGUCUUCGGCCCGACAGAGAGGCCCCCACACUCACCUGACUCGCUCUGGCUCUCAGUCGUCUCAGUCUCCACCAUCUUCCUCCUCGUCUCCCAGCCCUCCUUCAUCCCCUGCGACCCUCAGCCCCGACCUGAAGCAGAAACUGGAGGAGCUGCUGGUGAAAUACUGCAACGGUCUAUGGGCCCACGCACUGCCCAAGCUCUUCCAGGACACUUACAAAACUAAAUUGCCUGGACAUGUCCUGGAGAACCUGGACCUCCUCUCUGACAUUUGUACUGUUGACUACCCAAUGCCCGACAACCCCAAGAGGGCCAUCCUGUACAGACGAAGCAGCGCUGAAGGUGGAGAGGAUGAGAAGAGGAGAGGCUCCUCUACAAGCGAGGAGGAGCUGAGGGUGAAGAAAGAGGUGGGAAGGAGGCUCAGCAGCCAAGAGGUGCCUUCGCUGCAAAUCCCCAAAGAGGAGUACCCAUCUGUUCUGGUGAUCGAGGCCGCCAACACCAAUGAAGUCAUCCUCAGGUACAUCGGUGAAGGUUACUCCCAGGCGCUGGAGUCCAUGGAGGACGAGAUGAGGGAGUUUUAUGGCUUGGACCGAAGCCAGUCGACUCCUCUGUCGUCGCCGACAUCCGGCCAACUCGUUGCUGUCAGGGCUGAGGAGGAGGAGGAGGUUCUGAGGGCGCAAAUCUGUGAGGUCCUUUCAGAGAAAGUCAAGGUUUACUUUGUAGAUCAUGGUUUCUCAGAGGUGAUCAGCAAAAACAAAGUGUUUGUGCUGAAUGAGAAGUUUUUCAAACUGCCUUUUCAGGCGACUAAGUGUAGACUGGCAGGCCUGGAGCCCUUCUGUCAGGAGCCCGCGGUGCUGAAGACGUUUGGAACCAUGGCGAGCGGACGGAUCCUCUUGGCCGAGAUCUUAGAACGAACAAAGCCUCCUCUUGUUGUCCUGUACGACACGUCUCAGGACGACGACCUGAACAUCAACGCCGCCUGCAUCCAGGCCCUGCAGGACAAGACGUUAGCGAGCCCGUUGCAGACGAACAGUGCUUAUAUGAACGUAACUGUCAGCAGCGUCUGCUCAGAUGGGAACUUUUACUGUCAGCUGCCUUCCAGAGGACUCACAAAGCUCAGUGAGAUCAUGGAGAAGAUAGAGACAUACUUCCACACACAGGUGACAUCAGAGUUCUUAGUAUCCAGACCCUUUUGUGGGAAACGAUGCCUGGCUCGCUAUAAAAGCAAAUGGUCCCGUGUUGAGAUCACCAACCUUCAUGGCAGCAGAGUGUUGGACAUCCUGUUCGUUGAUGUUGGCGUUCAGGCUUCUGUGGAGGUGUUUGAGCUGAGAGAGAUCCCAUCGCUGUUCCUGCGGGAUCUGGUGGCGAUCCCACCGCAGGCUGUGAAGUGCUGCCUGGCAGACCUUGCCGUCAGCGUCGGAUCCUGGACCCCAGAAGCCGUCCAGUGGCUUCGAGAGAAAGUACUCAACACCACAGACUGUAGCAUGAAGGUUGUCAAAGUGGACGAAACCAAGAGCUGCACCUACGUCCGCUUGUUCACCGACAAGAACUUCCACGACUCGACUCGCAGCCUCAACCAGCAGAUCGCCCAGUCCGACCUGUUCAAACAGCAGCCAGACGUCAUACUGAUGAGCCACAGCCCAAUCAAGGUUUCUGCAAAUCCUUUAUCCUCCAAGUCUUCCAGCUCCAGUGAGUCCAGCAGCAGCAGUCCAACGUCAGCUGUUGUCACAUCGAAAACUCAUCUCAGGAGGACUCUGUCAGCAUCCAAAGUAGGAGGAGGAGGAGGUAACAAAACCACCACAAGCCAACCAGGAUCACCUUCAUCACCUCCAUCGUUUCUGCCACAACUGCUAGAGUUACCUCCAAUAGGAAACAACAUGGAUGUGUUUGUUUCCUUGGCGUGCCAUCCAGGCCACUUUGUGCUGCAGCCCUGGAGAGAUAUGUACAAACUGGUGGUCCUGAUGGGAGAGAUGAUACUCUACUACAAUAAAACUGAGGAAAAACCACUCAACAUAGAGAAGAAUCUCAUUUAUGCUGCUAAAAUUGAGAGCAACUGGCAUCGAGUGUUAGUGAAGGGAGUUCUAACCAAUGGGCUGGUGUCGGUGUACGAGCUGGAUUAUGGUAAACAUGAGCUGGUGGGCUGCAGCCUCCUCAGACCACUGAUCAAGGAGUUCAGACAGCUGCCGUUCCAGGGAAUCCCUGCUCAGCUGGCAGGAGUGAAGCAGAGGCAGUGGUCAGAGGAGGCCUCCAUCGUUUUCAGAAACCACGUGGAAAAGAAGCCUCUGGUGGCCCAGCUGGAGGCCGUGCAGGAAGCCACGAACCCGUGGGACAGGAAGUUGACGGUCUUCCUGGUGGACACCUCGCAGGAAGAAAGGGACAUCUGGAUGCAUGACAUCAUGGCCGAGUUCGGAGACGAACUGAGCAACGAGCUGUAGAUAAAAGGAGCUUGCUGUCCUGAUUGAUCACUGAAGACAGGAAGUAGAGAGCUACUAGUGGUAAAACAGCUAGAGGUGUCACCAGAAGAACUGAGAGUUUCAACUGUGACAUAAAGAUAAGAGCUUAAACAACUGAAAUGACUCAUUUAGGCUGUUUAUGAAAACAUGACAACCAUAUUUUCUGAACUAUAAGUCACAUCAGUCAAAAAAUGCAGGGUAUUCGUCGAAGAACAGACAUUUAAUCUGGAAUAACACAAUUAGCUACAAAAUUAGAGUAACUUUACGUGAACUGUUUGCAAUGGACUAUUUCGCAGAUACCGUUUAGCACCACCUAUCAGAAGCAGCGUGCAAUGGUUUGUGGGCAAACAAAAGAAAAAUAAGUGAUGGGACAUGUUCUCAACGUUUAAAGUUUGGAUUGUUGUGCAUUUUAAAAUAUUUAUUUUGGUUUGUGAGGUAUAAACUUCUAAUCAAAAAAAGAACAAAUUUGUCCAGGACAUUUACGCUGCUCAAAAUUAUCUGAAGUUGGAAAUUUGAUGCACGGCUCAGAUCGCUGUAAACCACAUCAACAUAUUUAGCAUUAGAUCUGUUAGACCCAGUGGAUAUAAAUAUUGUGUUUUCAUUAUUCUACUUUUUAGGCGGUAUCCGUGAAAUAGUCCACUAAACAACAACUGUAGCAAAAUACCAAAAUACAGGUUACAGUACUAACAACAAGCUAAUAUUAGCUACCGUUAGCUUACCAUCCUCUGUCGUUAUGCUCUCUCGUCAUUAGCGUUAGAAAAAAAACUGAUCCGAUACAGUUUUCUGUACUUUUCCGUUCAGUUUGGUGUAAUCCAUUAUUUUUCUAAAUUAAACUACAUUAAAUUUGCGAGCUUUAAAUAUUUUGAUCUCCGCCACAACCAGCCAGGCCCAACAUAUUCCAACAAGCAAGUCGUCAGUAAAUUCACUAAUCUCAUUCCGUGAUUGGUUGUCUUCAUUUUCUUCUGCGACUUUUUCACUAAUCCCUCACAAGUUUCUCAUUCAUUCCAAACUUUCUUUUCUGCUGCUCAUUUUCUUAACCUGUAGGCUACAGGAACAAGAUAAACUGCAGUUAUCACAAGCCUAGAGUGUCCUCUCACAGCUGCAGGUGGUAUGUUUCCUCCUUGGUGCAUGUUAGUCACUAUGAUCUAAUCAGUCAAAAACUGCGUCAUGAUGAGGGAAAAACAAAGUCUCAUCAGAGUAUGUCACAGGACCAGCCAAACUGAACAAAACUGACUUGUAGUGCAGAAAAUAUGGUAUGUUGGGAUUUUUGUGCCACGAACAUUAAACCUAAAUCCUCACAGCUGUGUAAAAACUGUCAGAAGAUGCUUCCUUAAACCACGUGAACCAGCUUUAACCCUGAAGUUCUGCAUGUGCAUCUUGUUUCAGAGUUUAGGAAAGCCUGAACCCCCUCAGCCACGCCUAAUGUGAUGCUGGUAAGAUGCUUACGACUUUGUUUACAAAGUCUGAUUUUUCACAUUGUUUACAAAAUUCAGUGCAAACAUUCCUCAACAAAAAAGUAGUGGACUUCAUCACAAAGAAAACAGCUGAACCUGUAAAUGUGAUAAAAUAAGAAACACAACAUACAACCAAGAUCUAAUAGAAUUUGUUGAAGAGUUACAAACUUUUUGACUAUUUUAAUCAGGCAGAUGUUUUUAUUUAUUUAAUCCAGGUGUUUUAGCAGCUUAUUCUGGUUCUGCAUGCUCUAUAAAUAGUUUGGAUUAAUAACUAAUAUUAAAAAGAUCUAUUUAAAGCAGUGACGUUGGGUCGUAGCUGUGAAGAGCAUAAAUGUUGUUUCCCUGUGUUAAACCAGCGUUCUGCUCCUGUGCUGUGAGUCAGUGGCAGCAUUAAUCCACAAAUACUUUGAUUCCAGUUUCUUUCUGACACUGAUGCAACUUUAACUGCAGAUUAUUUGUGCACAUUUUCCUGAAUAGUGUGAAGUUUACCAGUAGUGUUAUGCUUGUAGGGUUAUUUUUUUAUAUAAUUGAAUUUACAAGCAUUAUUAAAUGUAGAACUGAUAUAAGUGAUUUUGGGGGGGUUUAGAGGCUCAAAGCUGCUUUUUUGUUGUUAGUUAACAUUUUAUUUAUAUUUAACUUAUAUUCUCUGGAUGCUAAUAGACACUAUUUACAAAUUAUUUGGCAGUGAUUUAUGAUGUUUUUGGAAUAAAGUCUGAUUGAAAGGCUGA